AAGGUGCUGUGAAAAAGAAGUUUCAUUUCAGAAAAGGCGUUGGGAUUUGCUGCCAGGAGAUCGUCCUCGCGGGAAAAGCAAAAGAAAGUGGAAGAAAGACUGCAACAAGCCAAAAGUGAUACCCGCUGUAUAACCGUUUUCCGAUUUCCUUGGCCUCAGUUUCAACGUUUAUUUCUGAAAAAUGUCGCAAUUCAAUUACCUCAAUGAACUGAACAAUAUAAUCACAAUGGACGGAGAAUUGACAAAAGGACCCGCUCCUCGGUGGCAAAAGAAGCUAGAUCUAUCAACAGCAUCCACAAGCUUCAAUGCAAGUUCAAUGAAUACAUCCCGCCAGAAGUUAUCGGUUUCGUUCACCAGCCAACAAGUGGUUCCUCCCGGAACGCUUAGUGGGAAGACCCCGAAUAAAAAACCGGGAACUGGUUCCAGCACUAAGAAGGAAGGCAAAUCUCAAACGCCCAGUCAGAAGCAGCCCUCUGGCGGUGAUAGAUUCAUCCCGAAUCGAACAACAACGGAUUUCGAUUUGGGUCAUUACAUGGUAAAACAGAAUGAAGUCAAAAAGGAUACGGAAUGUAGCGAAGGAAGUGGAGAGGAAAAUCAGAAUGGAACUACACAGUCAAGCCCAAAAAAUGCGGAGCGCAUUAAGAUUCUAUCAGAAGCGGUCAAAGGUUGUGAUAUCAGUAACAAAAGGAUUUUGUCGUAUCAGACAAAGGCUCCGGCAGCUCCCGAGGGGCACAUGAAUCCCCUAAAGGUGGUGUAUUCGGUGAAAACGCCCAUGUCAACGAAAAGUGGGUCCCGGUUCAUUCCGAACGCCCCUGAGAGAAUACUGGACGCUCCGGAUAUCGUCAACGAUUACUAUUUGAAUCUGAUGGACUGGAGUGGCGAUAAUGUGGUGGCCGUGGCUCUUGGAUCAUCGGUGUACCUGUGGAAUGCGGCCAGUGGCAAUAUCGAGGUGCUAUACGAAAACGAAGGUGGCGAUCACGCGUGUGCACUGAGUUGGAUACAGGAGGGUCAUAUUCUAGCAGUUGGAACGUCUACAGGCACAGUUGAACUGUGGGACUGUGAGCAAAUGAAACGACUGCGUAUCAUGGAUGGCCAUUCCGGGAGAGUAGGAGUACUUGCCUGGAAUUCCUAUGUGGUAUGUUCCGGGAGUAGGGACGGCUCCAUCGUGAACCAUGAUGUCCGCACACGGGAUCACAAUGUUGCCACACUAAGGGGUCACAGCCAGGAGGUUUGUGGCUUAAAGUGGUCCACCGAUGGUAAACAUCUCGCUAGUGGAGGUAAUGAUAACUUGGUCAAUGUGUGGAGCACAGCCAAUGGAGCGCCUCAUACAACUACGGAUCCUCUGUACGCCUUUAAUCAACAUCAGGCCGCUGUCCGAGCAUUGGCCUGGUGUCCGUGGCAGCCUAACACAUUGGCUACUGGCGGUGGUACAGCGGACAGAUGUAUCAAGUUCUGGAACGUCAGUAAUGGUCAGCUUCUCAAUUCUGUCGAUACCAAGUCCCAGGUGUGCGGUUUGUUGUUUUCCAAAAACUACAAGGAACUGAUUUCGGCCCAUGGCUACGUAAAUAAUCAGCUAACGAUAUGGAAGUACCCGUCCAUGAAUAAACAAAUUGAUCUGUUGGGCCAUACAGGCAGGGUGCUGCAGAUUGCCAUGUCUCCGGAUGGAAGUACGGUAAUGAGCGCGGGUGCCGAUGAAACGCUACGACUGUGGAACUGUUUUCAGCCAGACCCGUUGCUGACCAAGAAGGAAAAGUCUGUUACUAGAGAAAAGCCGAGCUUGCUCAAGCAGAGCAUUCGGUGAGUGAUAGCGUUGUGUAAUUGCAUUUUAGUUUUUUAAUGUAGCUUGUUCUUGUAUUACUUGAUCUUAUUUUUCUGUAGCACAUUUGGAUAUUUUGCCAUACUUGUUUGUUGUAUCGUGAUCCUGACUAGAUUGUUUCUCUUCGAAAUACAUUGAAAGUUUUUAAGACUGCUAAUAAAAAACGAUUUUCAUUUUGAGA